AGGUGCUUGAGAAGUCUGUCAUAGACUGAUAGAAUUGAACCACUUGCUGUCUGGCUUCACCUUCAGUUGCGUGUCCUGCCAUGGCUGGAGAGGUCAUCUACGCUGAUUUAAAUGUUCUUGAGGGGUCUUUUCAUGCAAACCUACCAGGUCCAUCUCAGCAGCUCAACAACCGCCAGUGUCCAUGUUGGCAUCGAGUUGUUCUGACCAUUGGCUGUGUUGGGAACAUUGUCCUGGUAGCUGCUCUAACAGUCCUGAGUGUCAUGGUGUUCCAGGUCUGCUCUUCAAAUGCCACUAGCAGUAACAACACUCAGCUCGUAUCUCAUCUAAGACAAAGUCUGUGUGAACCACAAUAUAGCAACUCAGCAGGAGCCAGUUGUAACCUCUGCCCUCUACAAUGGUUGCUGCAUCUCAGAAAGUGCUACUGGGUUUCAAAAAUAACUGGGAAUUGGAGCAAGAGCCAUGAAUAUUGUUCAUUAAGGAAAUCCCAUUUACUGGUGAUCCAUAACUCAGCUGAAAUGGGUUUCAUCACGAAUAUUACAAAAAGUAAAACCCAGGUUUGGAUUGGACUUCAUGCAGCAUCCUCCAUGGCAAAAUGGAGCUGGGUGGAUGGCUCCUUCUAUGAUGACAGCUUGUUCAAAAUGAACCGUCAUGACACCUACCACGCUGAAGGAGACCUGUGUGCUAUCCUGACACGGCAGAAUCAGGUGGUCACUGUUGCUUGCAGUGAGGAAUACAAGUGGAUUUGCCAAAAAGAAGCUGUUCCUAUAUAAGCAAUGGCAUGAAUGGCCUGUGCCGUGCCACUGAAAUGUAAACAGCGCUUGAGGUUGGUCUUAAAGGACUUUCUCAACUGAAUUGACAAAGAAAAAGGUUGGAUAGGGGUCUCCUU